AUGCCGAUGCAGGGAGCUAUCCAUGGUAAGACGAACACCAGUCUGUUCAUAAGAAUCAGAUUCCACCCACCAAGAAAUAUGGAAAUUGCCAGUGGCUCUGUUCAUACUCCUUCAAGGAAGAUGUCCUUGCGUCGCAAGAGGAGCAUCAAAACAGAUGGAGCUGGAGGAUCUCCAGCACAUAAGAAAACAUCACCUGUAUCAACAAGAAAUGCCGUGAAGACUAAUUUUGCAGAUGAUAAAUCAGCAUCAGAUGGUUUGAAGAGGGGGUUCUUAAGGAAUCGAAGCAGUAGACAAAGAACAGGAAGCACCGAGAAAAAAAGUUUCGAAGAUAGUCGAACAGAGGAACUGGAAGAACAGCGUUUACAUCAGCACUCUCCAGACACACCGUUCAUGAGUAGCCAGUUAUGCGGUGCUCAGGAAUGUGAAGUUGUAUGGGACUGCAAUUCUCCAGGGUCCAAAGAUGAUUUAAAACGAAUUAAGUAUCAUAUGGCAAGUUAUAUAAUUACCGAGUUUUUAUGGAGGUUCUGUUUUAUACAGGUAAUCCUGCAAACUGUACAACUGGCAAUAGAAAUACUGGCGAAUCAAAAGCUUCAUUAUGUUCACGAAAACUUUGCUUUGAAAUACAUCAAUGCAGUGCCAGAAUUUGUUGCUCCCAUGCCAACUCGAGCAUUAUUUACAAGAAAUCGACCACGUCACCGCAGUAACAUUUCGGCAGUUGACACAACUGCCCAAUUAGAUGAACUUUUAAAUCAACUGUCUGCCAAAGGUAGCCUGUCCAAAGACAGCCAGUCUGUUGCAUCCAGUUCAAGGCCAGAAGGCAAUCUUGAGAAUACAUCUCCUACAGAUAAUGCGUUGAUUUCUCACACUCCUCCAGCAGAUAAGGACUCUCAACCAGCUACGCCACCUGUUCCUUUCAACCUUAUCAUAGAAGCAUCGUCAGAACCGUUUGAAGUGUGGGAUGAAAGUCAAGUGGUGAUAGGUGGCCAUGUAGAAGUUUCUGCAAGUGAUAAUAAAGCAGAUAUUGAAAUCCUAGAAGAAACUAUCUGGGAUGAUGAUCUGAAUAUGGCAAUGUGUGAUAUAAGUAGUCAAGACAUUAUGGGUGACUCUCCAAAUAAAUCUGCCAAAAGCAAAUCUCAGUCCUGUAACAUUUCCAAAGACGUUAGUAAAAUCAAGAACAACGAUUCUUUAGAUGUGUUUGACGAUGAUUAUUUUAAUGACACUGAUAGAAUCAACUCAGAUUUGGGAAAAGGAAAUUUUAGAAAAAGGCAUUGCAAGUGUACCUCGGAGGAAAUCGCCAAAAAGAAGGAAGAGGAACAACGCAGAGGGGAAGAGAGGUUGAAGAAGGAAGAGAUGGCUAAGAGGGAAGAACCACACCACUUUAGAGAAGUGGGAGCAGCUCAGUACACUGCAGGAGUAGAAAGAAAGAAGAAUGAAGUAAACUGUCAGGUUGAAGCACUGAAAAAGGAUGCAGCCAGGAAAUUGCAAGAAAGAGGGACGAAGCUCAGCGUAGGAAGGAGGAAGGCUGAAAAGCUCAAAAUGGAUGAGAUUGCAAGAAAAAAGGAAGCAGCACUAAAGAGGAGGGAAGAACGACAAAGGAGUCGUCAAUUGCACUGUUAUCCCCCUGUGGUGAAAAGGUAGCAUUAUACACUAGAAAUCUGGCAGAGUUAAACUCUAUAUGUGUGAGGUACAGCAACAAAUUUAUUUAUUCAUGAGAGUACAUCAGCAUAGUUGUGGUUGAAAUGAAAACACAAGUGCAGUUAUGUUGAUCUUAUAUACCUUUAAAUGGCAAAAGCUUUAUUCUUUCCUUGCAGUUGGUUUUUGGCAUUGUAGCUUUUGAAGGAUAAACAGGAGUUGAUAAGGUUACCUUGCCAGAACACAUAGUUCCUUCGCCAGAAUCGUCUGUUUCAAAGACACGAGAAACACACUCGUUAGCACACAUAAGUUUAAAGAUGGUGUAUUGUGUACAGCUUGUAUAUAUAUGUAUUAUAAGCAAUCAUCCUUAGAAAAAAAUGGUUAUAAUGCGCAGCACAAGAAGACAUAAAAUUGUUUUUAUUAGCACCAAGUUUUAUUUUAUUCGUAAAAGAAAUGCAGUAUAAAUUUGGAGUUUUUAAACAAAACCUGCCAGAACUAGAAAAUGGUAUGAGAAUGGAAGUGUUUUAUUCCUGAGAUUACAUAUGGUGAGCCAGCUCAUUGCGUUUUAAGAGAAAAUGUAAUGAGAAAUUAUACAAAAUUGUCAUCCUUCCUAAAACUGUCAUGUUGAUUUUCUGUAUACUAGAUUGGAAAAUGUUGGUGCCAUAUUGUAGAUCUGAUCUCUUCAUUUGUGACUGAAUGUACACUUUUUCUAUCUUUUCCACACCUUUUAAAAGUGAUGCCAUUUCUGUACACGUACAUGCAAUUUGUGUUUAUCUUAGAAAACAUUUCCACCUAAAUAUAGUAUAAUGUUUAUAAUUUACUUGUUGAAUUUUUCUUUUGAGAUAUGUUUAACUGGGUCAAUGGAAAUCCUUCACAUUGCAUACAUACCACCUUAUCCAUGUUUUAUUAUCUGUAAUUUUGUUGAAGCUGGCCUACCUUUUACGUUUUUGUUUUUUGUGGUUACAUAUUACAAAUGUUGUUUCUGGCGUUUUGUAAAGGUUGCAAUGUAAGCUAAACUAAAAAAAGGUCUUUUCAUCACCCCUUUGACCCCUGCUGCAUUGCUUUCCUCACUUUUAUUAAAAAUAAUGUACUUUAACUAGACAGAGUACCUUUUCUAAGCUUGCAACACUUUCCUGAAGGUUUGCAUUUUGUGAGAGAGGUGAAAGUAGAAAAAAAGAUAUUAAUGAGGAGCAGCUUAGUAGGAAGAGGCCAAAAAGAAGGCAUGGAAAGUAAAAGGCAAACAGCAAUGCAACUUGGGCUGAAGAGGUGCUACAAAGAGCUUUAUUGAUGUGAACAACAGUGCACUUUUCAAGAGUUGCUGUAAGCAGUACAGUUCCUUCCUGUGGUACACUGAAGGGGUAAUGCUUUUGUUUCAUUUAUUCAGUUACACAGAUAUGUCCUUGGUUAUAUACUAUUUUUACUGGGGAUCCUUAUUUAUGCUUUCUUAUUCAUGUCGGGUAUGGUUUAUGUAAGCAUCUUUUCUUGUGUUUUGUUGAAUAUCAGUGUUAUGCUAUAGCCAGUUUUUAUCCUUGUGCGGGUGAUUUCCUUCCUAAACUGACAAUCUUGGAGAUUUUGCCAUUUUUAAUAUCAUGUGAAUUACAUUGGUGAAGUAUUAUGUGGGCUAAAUUGGAACUCCCAAUUUCAAAAUCUUAAUUAUUAUAUACUGAUUUUGUAUUUUCCAGUAUCUUGCAUACUUUUUUUUUUAUCUGAUGCACUUUUAGGACAAUGAAAAUAUGAAUACAACUCUAAAUUAAAAUACAAAAGCUUUCUUAAAAUACACUCAGAUAUAAAAUUAUGAUUAUUUCUUUUGCUGAUCUUAUAUCUAGACUUUUCAUCUUACAUCUAGACUUUUUAUAUAUAACUUAUCUAUGAAACAGUAUUAUGAAUGAAUUUGACCUAUAGUACAUAAAAGAACAAGGUUUUCAUUAAGUUUCUUUCUGCACAAUCCUCAUCAGUGUUCUUCCAUUUUCUUUAUUUUUGUAAGCCAUAAGUGAUUUCAUCAUUUAUUUUCUAAAGGUAAUUUAAAAAAAAUCCGAAAUGCAUGGAUGACCAUACCUCCUACCCAGAGUGCUAUUGAAUUACAGAAGCUCACAUUCAUGUUGUGAAAAAAUGUUCGGUAAUGUGGCAGUACCACUGCAUGUUUAUAAUGUAAAUAUUGUUUGCAAAAUGUUACAGACAAGAUUAAUUAAAGCUUGCUGUAUAUGUUUGAUGUAUAUAUAUUUGUUUACACUGCAGGGCUAUGUAAAAACCAAAACCCUAAAAGGAUGUUUUUAAUAUAGUUUUGUACUCCAUACUCAGAAGUACAUGUACAGUUCUUGCAUGAAUUUGCAAAUAAGAGUAUAUUGUGUAAAAUUAUUUUUC